UAUUGAGACCAUGACAGUUUCCAACCAGGAAGACUUCAAUGUAUAUGUUCUUGAAUUUGUGUUUUGGGAGAAACUGAGGAACUGGGAAGUUGAGUUGAAUCGGAGAACUGAUAAGAAACUAUUAAAGAAUAUUUUAUCCUUCUGGAAGAUGAACAGCAGUUAUGACCUGAUCCCACCGGGGAAGAGUAACUUCAUGUUGCCCAGUCUUGGGGACUACCUGGAGCAGAAUGAAUCUCCUAGUUUUAAGAAGAGUGCAAUCCUGGCUUACGUUGAUCUUAUUCAGUUUAUAAUAGACACCAUUGAAGUUGACCAGACAAUGAAACCACUGGAGAAAAAGAGCUAUGUGAGUUAUCUGGAGAACAAGUCUAGGGAAUUCUUCAAGCAGAUCAAGAACCUUGAAACUAAGAUCUGUGCUGAGGUCUCAUUUCAGAAAUCCAAGGAUGAAACCAUGUUGAAGUUUAACCCUGAACGUAUGUUUGAGUUGCUCCAAGUAGUUCUUAGAUCUAAGCACACAUUUGAGGCCCUUGAAAAGAAGAGAAAAGAUGAUGAUGAAGAAAUAUGUAUUGACAAGAAGGAAGAGUUUGAGGCUAGACGCUCUCUCAUUGGUUUGAUUUGUGCUACAACUGGUGGUUUGAGACCUGGGUUUACUACCAGCAUGACGAUAGCUAACUUCAGGAAGGGAAAAACCGGUCAAGUUGUUAAGGUAUUAAGUCCUUACAGAACUUCUUACGGUAAACUUCGGUUUUCUAUGCCAGGACUGUACAUGGCUGUAAACAACUACAUAAAUAUAUACAGAACUGAUGCGGAGGGAAAGGAUUUUGUAUUUGUGAAUGCGCGUGGAGGGAAGGCUGACACAAGACCUGGAAAUGAAUGGAUGAAGAUAAUACUGUCUGGAGAACUCAACGCCGAGGAGAAAAGGAAUCUAACCCUGGAUUGUUGGUCUGCUGCUUGGACUCAGUGGAAAGUAGAAGAGAAACAGGGUUCCAAGAAAAGAUGGAUACACUCAUUAACAGGGAAAUCUAAUUCAAUCGAGAUCAGUCCUGUUGAGCUGUUUAUAAAAGAAUUCUUUAAAUGCGAUGAAAACGAGGAUGAUCCCAAUGAGCUGGAGGAUUCGGAGGAUAAUACUCAUGACCUUGAUGUGUCGGAGGAGUUUUAGAAACCAUGCAGAGUACAUUCAUUGUUCACUGUUCAGUCCAUAGUGCAAUAUAACCAGAAAAUAACUAAUAAUUUGUAACUUAUAUAAUUUUAGUUUUUGGCCGGAAACCUUUCUUUGUGUAUUUAACAUUUUCAUAUUUAAACUCAUUACAUUUGAGGACUUGAUAAUGAUUUGUUAACAUUUUUGUGUUAUAUUUUAUAAACUUAACCAAUUUUAUGAUAAAAAAUUUGAUAUUUUUCUAGGUUUAACUGAGAUUAAAAUGAGUACCUUAAAGAAGAGUUUAUCUGCCUUUGAUUUUGAGACUGAGAACCCAGGGGCAGCAGGUGAUGGACAACAGAUUGUAACGAAGCAAAGGAAGAUGAAGCUGCCAAAGGACCCUGAGGCCCCCAAGUGACCUUUGAGUUCCUAGGUGCUCUGGAGUAAGGAUGAACGAACUAAGGUUAUUGCUGAAUUAGGAAAUAUCUCUGUAACUACUGUUGCUAGGGAGCUUGGGCAAAGGUGGAAAAACAUCGACCCUGAGAUCAAGACAAGGUAUGAACAGCUGGCCAAGGAGGAGAAGGAGAAGUUCAUAAACUCUUUGAAGGAUUAUAAUCCUACUCAGGAGUUCCUAAACAAGGUGGAGUUGGCCAAGAAGAAAACUGAGCUCAAGAAG